ACUCAUUAUGUAAUACCCUAGAUAGUUCAAUGCGAAGUAAGAGCACUGUGAUAAAGAAGGGGAAACCGCAACUUUUUUAUGGUUUGACAUAAUUCGCUUCCAGAGAAUUUAAAGUUAAUGUUAAAAAAAUUGUUUUAAGUUCAAGUUUGCAUCCGUUGUAAUUUUCCGGGUUCUUGAAUUAUGCAGAACUACGCAGAGGUUCUGAAGGACUUCGUAGAGAAGCAUAGCACGGGUCUCACAGUCGCUGCUGUUGCAGGAAUAGGGAUUCUAGGUUUGCGAAGAUGGAUGGCAGGAGGGGUUUGUCGGAGCAAGGCCAGGCUGGAUGGCAAAACAGUCCUGAUUACAGGAGCAAACACUGGGAUUGGGAAAGUGACAGCCAUGGAUAUGGCUCAGAGAGGUGCCAGAGUGAUCAUGGCCUGCAGAGACAUUCCCAAAGCCUACAGUGCAGCAGAUGAAAUUCGUCAAAAAACUGGGAACAAUAACCUUUUGGUAAAGAAACUGGACCUCGCCUCACUGAAGUCUGUCAGGGAGCUAUCUAAAUACGUCCAAGAGAACGAGAAGCGCCUGGACAUCCUUAUUAACAAUGCAGGUAUUAUGAUGUGUCCUAAGUGGAAGACUGAAGAUGGUUUUGAAAUGCAGAUUGGUGUCAACCACUUGGGACAUUUUCUCCUCACCAAUUCUCUUCUUGACCUGUUGAAGAAAUCAGCUCCAAGUCGUGUUGUUGUUGUUGCAAGCGUUGCACACGUUACAGGUCGCAUUCAUUUCGAUGACAUUAACCUAGAUAGAAACUACGAUAAUUUGGUAAGCUAUCGGCAAAGCAAGCUGGCAAACAUUCUCUUUGCCAAGGAAUUGGCUGCAAGACUGCAAGGCACCGGUGUGACAGUGUACAGUCUUCACCCUGGAUUGAUUCACACUGAGUUAGGUCGCCACCUGUUCCCUCACUGGUCUUGGUGGAAGAGGAUGAUAGCCUCAGUCCUGAUGAUGAUUGUUAAAAGUCCCUGGGAAGGAGCCCAAACCAGUAUCUACUGUGCUGUGGAGGAGAGUCUGGCAAACGAGAGCGGCCUCUACUAUAGCGACUGUGCUCGCAAAAAGCCUGCAGCUCCAGCUCUUGAUGACGCUGCUGCCAAAAAGUUGUGGGACCUCAGUGCCUCCAUGGUUGGUCUUUCCUAAACAUGGCCUCCUCACUUCAGUAACCACUUCCUUCCAGUGGAGUUGGUAACCCUGUUUACAUGGGAGUACAAAGAGCUUCAAUUUAAUAUAAUUGUUUAAUCACAAAUGGGUAUUUGCAUUAAUUAAGAUUUUUCACAUGCUUGUUUUUCAAAACACGUAGAUGCUUGCAGCACAAUUAUUUGCACUAUUUACUCUUAUUCCAGUGAAGUAACACUUGCCAUAAAGAGGUGCUAAGCUUUAUUUUUAUAUCACAAACAAUUUAUAUACGCAUGAUUGUUUUUUCUUUAAUUGUACUAGAGGUAUAAGAAUACACGUGUUCUUGACAAACUGUGACAGUCUAAUGUUUUCACACAGAUUUAUCAGUUACAGGCCAUCACAGGUCUUGUGGACAAUAGGAUGGACAUAAGGCUUUUUUGUGAUCUGUUUAGUACCAAUAGAAAACAUUAGACAACAAAAAAUGUUAGUUAAAGCAGUUCAAGCGUUAGACAUGUGGCUGUUUCAAUCAAACAUCCAUCAAAGCUAGGCUCCUCAAAUGGCUAUAGGCGACAAAUUAAAACAGCAAAAAAGUAUAAAAAAGCAGCAGAACAAAAAUCGACCAUUGUUCCACAGAUUAGAGAUGGAUAGUUCUGUGAACUACUUUCGGAAGAGUUUGUAAGGCAGUAAAUUGUUAUCACCAGAUUUCUUCCUUCCAAGUUUAAAAUGUUCUAGUCACUGGAGAGUCCUGCAGCAACAAAGCAAAGCUCAACUAGCUUUUCCAUUCCAUAAAUAUCCAUGUUACUCACCUGUUUUGCUAAUGUUAUAUCACAUCAGAAGAAACCAUUGCACACAUUAAAGCUGUUUGAUUAACAAGGUAAGGGUAUGUAAGUAAAGGACACUGAUAUAGUUUAAGAAGCAAAAGAUUUUAACAAUACAGACGUUUGGAGACUUAUUUUAUGUAAUCAAAAAUAUUUUAUUUUAUUUUUUUGUGAUAAAGCCACAGUGAGCACCACCUAGUUCAUAUAAUGGAAACAAGAACAGUCAUUUAUGAAUAUAUGAAUGAAGAACUUUACCCAGUAUUUUAGGGUAUUUAUCAUGAUGACUCUAAAAAGCAUUUGAAAAUGUGUCAGUCUGAAAUCUUGCAUAAGCACCUGAUAUGAAAAAUGCCAUUUUACGCCACAAAUUCCAUUAAAUCCUGCUACUGUGGUGCUACAGUGCAUGAUAUUUGCACAUUUUAAGAUAAAUGUGUGAUUUAGUUAUGCCUCUGUAGAAAUAUCAGUGGAAAAUAACUUCAAACAGUGACAGCCCUGUGUUUGCAAAAUAAAGCUAGCAAUUAUGCCUUAUCUUUCCAUAUACUUUUACGCCCCUAUUUGUCACUUAAAUGUUCUAAUUAACCCAUUAUUUAGAUGAGUGUGGAUGAUUUCACAAAGCAAUAUUAUUAACAAUGUAAAUUCACAGCAAAGCUACAGAUUUUCAAGAAUACACAAGAAACAAUUAAGGCUUUGAAACCUUUAUUGAUGGUAUUUUACAAAAGAAGACAACUUUUAGUUUUAUGUUCAGUUCUAUGUCCGCUCAAGAAGUAAAAAAAAGUGAAGCAAGAGGUUUUCUGUAAAGGAAAUGGCUCUUGACCCGUGACGACAGCAUUUGGAGGAUUGUUGCACUUUACAAGAGAUGAGAUCCUGAGAAUGUAAACGUCUCUGGGGCGCAGAACAGAUUGGAAGAAGAAAUACAACCAGGAGGAUUGCAUAACUCACCCUAACAUGAGAUAAUGUUUGCGAUGCUAGGAUAAGGCUGUUUUUUUAUUCCUUUAAUAUAAAGAUCUUCUGUGUGUGGUAAUGGAACCUGAGCUCACAAGGUGCAAAGUGUACAAUAUGAAGCCACCAGUAGUGUAACAUUCUCAAUAAUAAAAGUCCAAAGAAAAGAGGCAUUUUUGUGUCAGUUUGUAGAUCACAAAUGUAAAGACAUUCUCAGUUUUUGUCAAAAUCAUGUAUUGGAAUCAGGCUAUUCUAAUUUUGUUUCAUGUUUUUAAACUAAAUUAUAUCAUAUAUAUUUGGGUAUUUAAACAAAGAAGAAUUAAGUUCAAAUGUUCAAAUAAAAAUGAAAGAAA